UCGGGGCCCGCGGACCGGCUGGCCGGCUCUCGCUGCGGGCUCUGCUCUUGCCCUUCGCUGCCCCGGAGACCCCUCGGCUCCAGUGUCCUCGGCAGCCUGGCGUUGCUGCUAGCGACGCUCCCUCGGCGCGGCGGCACCUGCAGGUGGCCGGGGAGUCCCCUCAGGCGCCAGCGCUGCGCGCCCACUGGUCGGGAUCAAGGCUGUCAGCGCCCGGGGAUGCCCCCCUGCGAGGCCGGAGUGUCCUUUCAGACCGUGGCGCGGCCCCCCAGCCCCCGAGGGGCGCGGGCGCCGGGAGGAGGCGCGGGUGCAGGAUGGCUCCCCGUCCCCGGCGCUCCCUCUGGCCGCGGCUCCAGCAACCGCCCCGCCGCCGUCCAGAGGCGAGAGGCAAAGUGAGCGGGUUCGGAGGCGGCGGAGAGCCGGCUCCGCGAGGCGGGGGCGGGGCCUCCUCGCGGUUCCCCCUCCUCGCCUCCCUGCUCUGCUCCGCUCACCUCCCUCCGCGCGCCGCCCUCUUCUUCCCACCCGCGCCCGCACCUCCCGGGCUCGCGCGCCUGGGAUUCCCCGGCGCCCCGCCCUGGACCUCGGGCUCCCCGCCUCGUGACGCCGUCCUCCCCCUCCCCUCCCGCCCGCCGCGGCCAAGAGGGGUCCGGGAGCCCCGGGGCGGGGGGGAGGUGCGAGGAAUGGGGAGAGGGCAAAUCCCCGCGGCCAAGGUGCCUGCUUCCGCGUGCCGCCCCGGGCCAUCAGGGAUGACUUGGGCAGCUCCCGAGGGCCCUUUUAACAGCCCCCGCCCCCACCCCCAGGAAGGCGACCGGAGCGUGAGGAGGGAUGAAGACUGGGGUGCAGGAUUUGAGGGGCGGGGACAGACGGCGUUUGGAGAGCUUUUUCCAGAAACUAUCCGUAACCCAGCUCGGUUUCUGAGACCGCCCUAAGGGAUUUCUCAGAGAAGGCACCCCAGCGAUUGGUUUUCUUGCCGAUUUGCUUUUCUUCUCGCGGCGCGGAGACCCACGUACCGCGUGCUCCGAAGGCGGCCGCACACCCCAGUACCCAGGCUCGGUGUCGCCCUCCCGUCUGUCCUCCCGAGGGGGAGAGCGGCCCUAGCCCCUGCCUUCUGGGGCGCGGGUCCUAAAAGGGUGUCUACGCGUAGCGCGCCUGGACCACCCCCCCCCCGGGACGCUUCCCGUAGAGUGGGGUGAAAGUGGGAAGAAUCGCUCUGCCACUGGCAAGAACUAAAUUUUCCCGUAGCCUUCGUCUGCGUCCUCCUUUUCAUAAUGUCUUGAUUUCCCCUAUGCACCCCAGAGCCGGCUGCAGCACCGGCUCUCGGAGCUCGAAAAGCCCUUUAAGUCUGCUCAGAGCGAACUCCCCUGCGCUCGGGUCUACGCCCAGGGAGUGGGUUCCACUGGCAGGGGUUAUUUUAAACGACAUUCGACAUCCGACACCCGCAGCCCAGCCCGCGCCUUGCCCGCCAGAGGCGAAACAGGCAGGAGUAACAAGUUUUCUGAGAUGCAACUGUAACUGGAGAGAUGUGGCUUGGUUUCCCUUAGCAGCAUCGUGGUCAAGACCAGGCUGCAAUGAGGUUUUCUAGUUCCAGACCCCAGUUCCUCCAUCUGCGGGGCCUGCCUUGCGGCCACAACCUUCCAUCUGAUCUCUCACCACUAGGCAGCUCUUCUGUUCAUGUUCAUCAAGCCGUUCCUCAAGUUCAGAGCCUAAAAGGACUGUAGAUCUGUAGAAUUACAAAGUGUCCGAAUAAGGGACUCCAAACUGGUUAUUAGGUCCCUCCCUAGAUUAAAAUUCUGGCUACGCAACUUAUUGGCUAAGUGACCAG